AUGACGAGAAGAAGAAGAAGUAGAAAGACGAAGAGUGGAGAGUGUCAAAUGCUGAAGAAGAGGAAGAGAGAGAGAGAGAGAGAGGAAGAAGACGAGGAAGAAGACGAGGAAGUUCAAGUAUAA